AUCGUCCAUACUCAGAAUCAGACAUCGAAAGACCAUCCGCAGCGCCGCCACCUAGCAGACUAUCAGCGUCGUCUCCCCCCCUUACGCUACCCCUUGACAUGGACCUCGAAGAUGACGUAUUCAGCCCUAGAACGGAUAUGGGUAACGACAGAUUCUCCACGACAAACCUCGAGAUCUUUAGAUACGGAAAUCCCAGGACUCCAGCUGGUGUGUUACUGAGUCCACGACGGGAAUCCUCGUUUUGUUUCUCCGUGACGAGCGAAAAGCAUUGGAGAGAUAAGGGGGGAACGGAUGUGGCUGAUGGAAUAGUGGAGAGUGACGUGGUAAGUCUCAUUUGA